CCUGCCCCAGCCCCGGCCGGGGGCGCAGAGGAGGGGCCGGGGGCCGGCGCACAAAGCCGGGGGCCGCUCCCGGGGCGGUCCCGGUGCGCGGGCGCGGGGUCCAGGCUCCUCCUCCGCCGCCGCGCCGGGGAUGCUGCGGCCGGGCCGGUUCCGGGAGCCCCGCGGAGCUCCGCGCCGCGCCGAGGAGCCAGCGGCCACCCGAGGCUCGCCGCUCCCGGCCACUCCGAGGGCUCUGCUAUGAUCUGCGGGCGCCGGGAGCAGCAUGGGCAGCGUCAGCAGCCUCAUCUCCGGCCACAGCUUCCACAGCAAGCACUGCCGCGCCUCCCAGUACAAGCUCCGCAAGUCCUCGCACCUCAAAAAGCUCAACCGCUACUCGGACGGGCUGCUCCGCUUCGGCUUCUCGCAGGACUCCGGCCACAAGUCCGGCUCCAAGAGCAGCAAGAAUGAGGAUUUCUUUUACAUCAAGGUCAGCCAGAAGGCGCAGCGGCCGGACUACGCGGCGCUGGGCGGGGGGGAGCUGGGCGUGCCCGCCGCCAGCAGCGGGCUGGACUUCGGGACGCCCACGCCGCAGAAAAUGAUGCCGUUCCCCAGCCAGCUGGAGGUGGCCGGGGAGAAGCCGCUGCCUCGUCCCACGGCCUUCAAGCCGGUGCUGCCGCGCUCUGGAGCCAUCCUGCACUCGUCCCCCGAGGGCGGGGCGCCCCUGGCCCCGCAGCUGCACCCCCCCGAGAAGGGCAAGGAGCAGGAGCUGCGGCCGCUGCCGUGCUCGGGGGCUCUGUCCGACUCGGGCCGGAACUCCAUGUCCAGCCUGCCCACCCACAGCACCAGCAGCAGCUACCAGCUGGAGCCGCUGGUCACCCCCAUGGGCCCCAUCAGCCGCUUCGGGGGCUCUGCCCACAACAUCCUGCAGUGUGCCAUCAUCCAGGACAGCAACAUGAUGAGCCUCAAGGCCAUGUCCUUCUCCGACGGCGGCAACAAGAUCCUGAACCCGGGCAAGGCUCCCCAGCACCGCCCCGGCGCCGAGAAAAGCGCCUGCGUGCGCUCGCCCAUCGCCACGGACGAAUCCACCAUCCAGGAGCUGGAGCAGAAGCUGCUGGACAGGGAGGGGGAGCUGCAGGAGCUGCAGUCGAGCUUCGAGGAGAAGGAAAUCAGCUCCUGCCAGGCCUACGAGGAGAAGCAGCGGCGCUGCAAGGAGGAGCUGGAGGGGCUGAAGCAGAAAUGCAACAGCAAACUCAAGCAGACGUCGCAGAAAACGCAGCGGGCGCAGCAGGUGCUGCACCUGCAGGUGUUCCAGCUGCAGCAGGAGAAGCAGCAGCUGAGGGAGGAGCUGGAGAAGCUGGUGAAGGAGCAGAACCUGCUGGAGACCAAGCUGAGGUCCUACGAGAAGGAGAAGACCAGCUUUGCCCCGGCACUGGAGGAGACGCAGUGGGAGGUGUGCCAAAAAUCCGGGGAGAUCUCUCUGCUGAAGCAGCAGCUGAAGGAGUCGCAGACCGAGCUCACCACCAAGACCACGGAGAUCCUGAGCCUGAGGGCGCAGCUGAAGGAGCUGAGGCUGAAGAUGGAGGGGCUGGAGAUGAAGAGCCAGGAGCUGGAGGUGUCGCUGCGCACCAAGGCCAUGGAGCUGGAGGUGUGCGAGAACGAGCUGCAGCGCAAGAAGAACGAGUCGGAGCUGCUGCGGGAGAAGGUGAACCUGCUGGAGCAGGAGAUCGCGGAGCUGCGCUCCGAGCUGGCCGCGCUCCGGGAGCAGCUCGGCCAGCCCCGGGAGGGGCCCCGGCCGGGCGGGGACGAUGCCCAGGCGCUGCAGGGGCAGCUGGAGAGGCUGCGGGCCGAGCUGAAGGCGGAGCGCGACAACAACGAGCAGAUGAGCUGCAGCUUCCAGCACGAGCGGCAGACGUGGAAGGAGGAGAAGGAGAAGGUGAUCCACUACCAGAAGCAGCUGCAGCAGAGCUACCUGCACAUGUACAAGAGGAACCAGAGCCUGGAGAAGAUGCUGCAGCAGCUGGCGGCGGGCGAGGACGGCAAGGAGCCCAUCGAGCUGGAGAUCCCCGGCGCCGACGUCCCGUACGAGGACAUCAUCGCCACCGAGAUCUGAGCCCAGCCUGAGCCCAGCCUGAGCCCAGCCCGAGCCGCUGGCCCGUCCCCUCCUCGCUGUACAGCCCCCCCCGUACAGCCGAGCUGAGCCGUGUCCCCCCCGUCCCCCCGUCGUGUUCCAGAGGUGACCAAGCCACUCGUGCCAAUGGUGACGUGCCCGCAGCUCCCCCGCCCCGGCACCGCCCCUCUGCCCCCCGGGGCAGGGCAGGGACCAGGACCGCAGGGAAUCCUCUGCCAUCCGCGCCCUGAGCCCGGGGGAUGCUCUGCUCUGCUCCCGAGGGAACCCGGCCUGGCACAGCCCCGGGGAUGGCACAGCCCCGGGGAUGGCACAGCCCCAGGGGUGGCACAGCCCCGGGGAUGGCACUGCUCCAGGGGUGGCACUGCUCCAGGGGUGGCACAGCCCCGGGGAUGGCACUGCUCCGGGGAUGGCACAGCCCCAAUGUGUGCCCAGUCCCAGGGAUGGCACAGCACAGUCCUGCCUGUGACAGGAAUCAGUCCCAGAGUGUGCCCAGCCCCAGGGACAGCCCAGCACAGUCCUGCCCACUGAUGGUGACAGGAACCAGCCCCAGUGUGUGCCCAGCCCCAGCACAGUCCUGCAGUGACAGGAACCAGCCCCAGCUCCCUGGAGGAAGCUCCCUCACCCAGGGCACUGUGGGGUCACAGAGUCACCUCCUGCUGCUGCCACACCCCCCCCAGCCCCUGAGGGCCUCAGGAAGGUCCCACCCGCAUUCACCCCCCGAAAUCCCCGCUCAGCCUGAGCACAGCCCCCUGCACUGCCCCCACACUUCCCC